CUUAUUGCAAACAACUUAUGCUAAUAUCCAUAUUUAUUUUUUGAUUUUAUUUUUUUAAAAAAGGAAAGGCAUGGGUGGUUUGAUUUUACCUGAUCCUAAAGAGUGUAUUGCAUCUAUUCAUUUUUUAACCGAUGCCAAUAUCUAUUUAUUUUGAUAAAUUAGAUCGGGCUUUGUCUCUCAAAUGCGGUUCGUUUGGUUUUUCUUCUUCACCAUCUUUCUCCUUUUAUUUGUUGGCUUUCGUUCGCCAAUGACGUCUGCGUCGCUACUUCUUAGCUCUCCAAUCGUGUUGGAUUUGGCUGAAUCGCAAGCCAACUUCAUCGAUGAAACCUUUCAACUUCAUGGAUAUCCAGAGGGUUGUGGAGGAUGUGCUCGCGACGAGGGAAGUUGUGGCUGGAGUCGUGGUCACUGGUUAAACAUUGGCCGUAGCCCAACUGUAUCGGCGCACACAGCACAUGUUGCGGCAGUGACUGCAAACAGCGGGCAGAAGCCAACUUUGUCCAACCUGGUUCCUUCACUUACGGCCGACCAAUGGGAUACGUUUCGUGCUCUCCUUGCAUCCGUCAAAGACGGAACUGCUGAAAAGCUAUCAGCACAAGACUUUUCCUUUGAUGACAAUGAGGGCGCCAUUCAUCUGCAGCUACUUCCCAGGGGGUUUGGAGCAACCAGUUGCCACAUGGCCUUGUACCAUCACUGGAAUGAGCUAAGUGAGAAGGUUUUUAUCACAUUCAGUUUUUCUCAACCAAACUAUAAGAAGUGGAGCCGUUUGUUCCUUCUCCUAGCACGACGGUUCAAUCUUCAGGGUUAUCUCAAAGGCUCUAUUGCUCCCAUCUCCGACGACGACGACAAAUGGUUCCAACUUGAUGUCAUUCUCCAGGGAUGGAUUCUCUCCACCAUCACGGAUGAGGUUUCAGAUCUCGUUCUCUCUUCUGUCUCUACUGCUUCUACUCUCUGGACGAUGAUUCAUGAUUUGUUCCACGACAAUAAGCAUGCUCAAGCCAUGCAACUCGAGCAUCAAUUUCGCACCACCGUCAAAGGAUCUACCCCCAUGGCCGCAUAUUGUCAAGAGCUCAGGAAUAUUGCUGAUUGGCUAGAUGACGUAGAUGCCCCCGUGUGCGGUCAGCUCUCCUCCUUCUCGACCGGCAGCGGACUCCUCUGGGCGAAACCAGCAGCACGACCCUGCUGGAAGGUCGGGACGCCGGCAGCUACAGCGGCAGCCAGCACGGCGGGGGUGGCAGCCACGGUCCUCCUCACGGUGACAGUGGGGAUCGGUUUUUUGGCAGCAACUUCGGCGAUGGCUCCUCCUCUAGACAGCGUGGUGGCUUUGGACGCGGACAGGGGCGUGGCAACGGCAACCGGGGUCGAGGUCGAGGGCGUUCAAACGGCGGCUUGAGACAACGGCCAUCAAAGGACGUCCAAAGUACCUGGAACUCAACCUACCCAAACCCUAGCCCCGGGGUGUUGGGCCCCC